AUGGCUCCAGGUCUACAGACAGCCAAGAGGGACCUGCGCAAGAAGAUCCGCGACGUUCUUCAAAAUACCCCCACCGAUUCCAUCAUCAAUCAAUCUAGAGUUGCUGCGGACAAGCUGUUCUCUCUCACCGAGUAUCAAAAUGCGAAGAGGAUAGGAGUCUACUUGUCUAUGCCCUCGGGGGAGCUAUCAACUACGGCUAUAGUCCAGGACGCCUUGUCUAAUGGCAAAGAGGUGUUUGUGCCAUAUAUCCAUAGUGUGGAAUCGGCAUCUUCGGCGCAGCAGAAGACCUCCAUCAUGGACAUGUUGGUCUUGCAGUCUAUGCACGAAUUCACAUCUCUUGAGCCAGACAAGUGGGGUAUUCCCUCGCUCACCAAGACUCAGGUUGCGAACAAGAGAAACUGCUUUGGCGAGAUCGGAGUGUCGACAACGCCAGAAGAAGUCUCUACGGCAAGCCUUGAGGGGCUCGACUUGAUAGUCAUGCCCGGAAUGGCUUUUGAUCAGGGAUUUCGCAGACUCGGUCAUGGUAAAGGAUACUAUGAUCAUUUCUUGACAAGAUACUCGAAAAAACAAGCCAAGAGUAAGACAACAACCUCGAAAAUGCCUCUACUCGUUGCGCUUGCUCUCAAAGAGCAAAUGCUUCCUCUGACCGAGGAGAUACCCGUUGCGGAUCAUGACUGGCCAGUAGACAUGCUCAUCGUCGGUGAUGGCCGCUUUCUUGUCCGCCAACCCUGA